AUGCCAUCUUUAGAAGAACAAAUCAACAAAUUAGAAAAAAUACUAUCUAAUAAUGAGGUAUAUAUUAAUUAUUUAGAAAAAGAAAUCUCAAAUCGGGAUGAAGAAUUGGAGGAGAUAGAAAUUCUUCCAAAUACUGCAGAAGCUAAAAUUAAUCAAGAUACCCAAACUAUUUUAAGAUUAAAUUCUACAGUACAAAAAUCCAAUGAUGAAAUGAGGUUAAUGACAAUGGCAUACUAUAAUGAAAAGGAAGAACGUCAGCAUUGGUAUUUCUCAUACAAAGAUAAGCAUAGGAGGAUUGUUGAAUUAGUAAGAGAAAAAUUUGCUACCCAAUUAUUAUUACGCACUAAAAGACAAAAAUUGCAACAAAAAUUAAAUACUUGUCAGAAUGAUUUAUUACUUAGCGAUAUUCAACUUGAUAAUAAAUGGGGCAAAUGGAAAAAUCGAUCCAGAAAUUAUGAGCAAAUAAUUAUUAAUCAAAAUCAAAAUAUUUUAAAUUUGCAAAAUAAUAUAGCAAAUCAACCAAACAUGGCUACAAUUCAUGAAAUAUAUUUAAUAUUACAAUCGCCACUUAUUGGUUUUCAAGCUGAUAUGGUUAUACCAGCAUUAUAUACCCAUCUUCCUCCCGAUCUUCGUAGUACUGUAAAAAUGUAUAUGUCAAUAAGAGGUGGCAAUACAACUAUAGAUAAUUUCUUUGCAGACUUAAAAAAAUGCUGGAUUGAACGGCAAGCUGGAAAUAAUAGUAUACAACUGACAUUAAUAAAUCAACAACAAACCAAUAAUGCAUUAGAUAUAUUAGCUAAUUUAGCACAACGUUUGGGUUAUUCAGGGGAUUUAACUGAUUAUAAUCAAAUGCAAAAAUAUAUUGAAAAUGAUCUUUAUAGAAAUUAUGGAAGGCAAAUUCAUAAUAUGAAAAAUGAACCAUUUGAACCGCAAAGAAAAAUAUAUGCUACAAAACAACCCGCUUCUAGAAAGGUAAUUAUAACAAAUAAAAAUUCAAGACAAUGCUCAAUUUGUAAAAAAGUUGGACAUACAAAAAAUAAUUGCCCCAAACUUAAAAGAGUUAGAAGAGUUAAUAAUAUUUCUCAAUAUGAAAAUAACGAAAAUGAUGAAAAUGAAGAAUAUAUAGAAUAUGUAGAAUAUGAUGAGGAAGAAAUAAUAGAUGCGGAUAAUGAAGAAGUAAUUUUAGAAGAUGAUGAAAAUGAAUAUAUCGAUUUUGAACCGCAAGAAACAAACUAUGAAAAUCAAGUAUUCUUAGAAUCGAUUAAAUAUAUAAUAUCAUCAUUAAUUCCACAUUGUCCAAAAGAAAUUCUUUCAGAGUUAUAUGCAUUUAUUAGAAAAUUAUUUCCAGAAAUGGAAAACACAUUCCACUCAUAUUAUACAAAAAAUUAUUCUAGUAAAGAAAGAGAUAUGGUAUGGAAAAAUCUUAUUAAGAAAUAUCAAUUUAUUUUAGUACCAUUGAUUUAUAUUAUUAAUAGUCAUAAAGAAAGUCAAAGUCAGGAAUCUAUUACUGAUAACCGUUCUUUAAACCAUGCAAUAAAAUUAUAUCAAGAAGCACAAUUAAUUCGAGAUUGGCCUAAUCCUUUAGAAAUUAAUUUCCUGCAAAUAAAAGAACCAAACAACUAUGCAACUAUUCCAUAUAAAAUAUAUGAUUUAGAAAUACCUCAUGCUUUACUUGAUACGGGUUCUGAUGGAUCUCAUCUUUCUGAUAAUAUUGCAGAUUAUAUUGAAAAAUAUUUUGGUUUAAAAAUGGAUAGAAAAAAGGCUUAUAGGCUUUCAGGAGCCGUUGGAGAAAAACAAUCUAUAGGGACAUUUCAUGAUAUUCCAAUAACUAUAGGUAUAGGAAAUGAUACUGUAAAUAUUUCAGAUGAAUUUUCAGUUCUUCCAACGGAAAAAGAUCAUAAUGGUAAAGAUAUAUCAUUAUUUAUUCUUGGUACCAGAUGGCAACAUCGUGCUGGAUGGGAACCUAUUGUAAAAGGCGAAUUUAAAGCUUCUUGCAAUGGAAAAACCAUUACUAUUCCACUUUCCGUUCAUAAACCUCAGCAAAAUGUUUUUAGCAAAGCCAGCAUCAAUAAUGUAGAAAAAAAAAAAAUUAAUUGA